UGACAUAUGUUGCAAUGUUAAGGACAAUGUUAUUAUUUUAAUAUUCAUUAAUCUUCAAUACUAAUAGUGCAUUAUUCAAUUCUGAAAACCUUAAUAUUUAUGAACUAUUAAAGUUAUAAAGUGCAACAAUUUAAUUGACUAUCGUCCAAAUUAGCAAACAACUAAACAUUUACUAAAUACAAUUAUUGUUUCACCGUGUUUCCAAAGCAAAAUGUUGAGUGUGAAACUUCUUCGUCAAACCAAAUAUUCGAUGUUUGCUGCCCAAAGAUCAAUAUCCUUUAAUGCAUUGUCUAAGUGUGUGAAUCAGUUUAAUGUUGCUAGUCGCUUGGGGAAUAAAACACUAACUAAGCCUUUAUUGACUGCUCCAAUAAUAGCUCGUUUCACUGGAAGUGCUGCAGCUGUUAAAACCGGAAAGAAUUAUGCUAGCCUUUGGAGAGCUGAACGUGUUGUUUCUAUUGCACUUAUGGGAUUAUUUCCUGCUGCAGUAUUAUAUUCAUCACCAAUAAUCGAUACUUUAUUAGCAGGAAGUAUUAGUCUUCAUGUUUACUGGGGACUUGAAGCAUUAGUAGUUGACUAUUUACGUGUACCAGUUGUAGGAAAGCUGGCUAAUAAAGCUGGACAUGCAACUAUUACUCUUCUUGCGAUUGUCACUUUGGCUGGAUUUUUGCAAGUUAUUUUUGUUGGGGAUGGACUUGGAAAUGCCAUUGUUCAACUUUGGAAAUUGUAAUAUUACUUAAAAUGUUUUUAUGUAGUGUAAUAUUAACAUGUAAAUAUUGUGUUGAAUAAAAUCAUAAUUUUAUCUAUUUA